CACCAAUUUCUAACCGCAGAACCAGUCGUACAAAUCUCUUAAAACCGCUAGAAACCGUAACCACCCGCAUCCGCAAACUCCUGCAACCGCAACCGCAACCGCUGCGGUUGAACCAGUCAGGCCCUAAGUUUAAAACUUUCAAAAACUUUGACUGCAUGUUUCAGUGUUAUAGUAUACAGUCGUAUACAUAUACAGUAGUAUACAUAGAAAUAUUGUCUUUUCCUCUUUCUGCAUUCAGACUUUGACUUAGAUUUGACGAAAUAUUUACCCUCCAGUCCAAACUCUAGCUAAGAUUUCAGAUCAACUUAAAAGAAAAUCAUUGAUGACCAUAUUUUAUAUCUGUACCAGCAAAAUGAAGCUAGCAUAUUUGUGUUCCAAAAAAAAAACAUAUUUAGAUAGUUCUGAUGGACCUACAGAGCCGAUCCUUUAAGUGCAAAAAAAUGCUUUUGUUAGACCUUUUACCCCAUAUAUAAAGUAAAACUAUAUAAUCGACUCAGAGGAUUAACUUAUAGUGAUCUCGAAGGGACAUAAAUCUUCAGAUACAUUUAUCGAUGAAACCAUAUUAUAAAUACAGAAUGAAAUGGAGAAGAACAAUGAAAGGCAUAAACGAACUUUUACUUGUGAAAACUUUGGUAUUCGACAAAUAGCUUGUACGGAUAGUAAAAUUUAGACUUGUACUUGGUUUCCUAAAAAGAAAUAUUUACAGUUUUAAGUAUUUGCUAAGAAAAUAACGGUUUGUAAAGUACUUGUCUUGUAAAGUACUUAUAAUUUACUUGAUAAGCAUUUGUAAGCUACUUGAUAAUUUGUUAAAAUUUCAAAAUAAAAAUAUUAUUGUUUAUAUUAAUAUUUUCUUAAUUGCUUUUUCUAUAUUUAUUUAGUUAAUGUGUGAGACAAAAUAUAUAAGAAAAAAAUCUAAAUUACUUCUAUAAACAUAUUACUUAUUUUUAAUUCACUUCUAAAUAAAAUAUAAACAAGUUAUUUUACUAUAAACAAAGGAAAUAUAUUUUGUUUAUUAACAAAAAUGAAUAGCAAACCAAAAAUUCCAAAUAUUAAUUUUUAUUUAAAUAUUUGAUAUUUUCUUGUUUAUAAGUAAUUUAAAUAGAUUAUUUGGUAUUCGAUUUGGUCAAGCCAAGUACUCAUUUUUAUGGAUCAAAUAGAUAUCAAAUAACGAGAGUACAGAGUAUGUAACAAUUAAUUGUGCCACCUCUAUUUAACUACUUAAAUAUGAUCAGUCAGAUUUUAUAUAAAGAACAAAAAAAAAACAUAAACAUUUAGUUUAAAUUUGGAUUACUUCAAGUCUUCAACUGGGUCGGAGUUGGAUAAAUCAAAGCAAUAUCAUCCUGUAGUAUCCAAAAUAUAGAUAAUUAAAAACGAAAUAAAGUGGCGAGUGUCUAAAUUAUGUAUUCUAAAACUGUCGAUACGAUGAGGCUUUGACUGGAAUUAUUAUGAUGUAUAAUGAUGAUAUUAGGCCGAUCUAGUUACCGACUAAAACGUGUUCCUACUAUUCGAAUGCCAUUCUUGGAUUGUAAUAAAUCGUAAAGUAAAAGUAUCUAUAAAAGAUUACCAAAAAAAGUAUCUAUAAAAUAAUAUACAGUUUGCAUUAGGGUUAGGUAAAAAAUAUUUGAGAUAUUUGUUUCGAUGUGUUGCUUAAAUCGCUUUUAUUCCAACAAGAAUCUGGCAAACGUGCAAAGACAAUAGUCCAUCUAAUUAAGAUAUAAAUUGUACUUAUGCAAUUUCAACAGUGGGCACACUUAAGAAUAACAUCCGAGGCCUUAAAAUUAGGACUCUAGUUCCAAAACCAUGGAUAUACGUUUGAUUCGAAUAUACUCCUAUAUAAAACCACUCAAGAUAAAUGUGUCGGCUGGUCUCCUGAGUAAAAUGGUUACUAGAACGACUUAAAUUUUGGUUUAAUGAAUUUUAUUUCAGAAAAUGGUUACUAGAACGAAAUUGAAUGUAACAUGGAUCCAUUGCAAUAUGCAAACACAGUAUAAUAAUGCAUAUGGUUAAUUACAGAGAAUGGAUAUAUAAGCAAACAUUUUUUUUUGUUUUAUUAAAAACCGUCUUAAACAAUUUAUUACAAAAUUUGUUUAAUCAGCUUUUAUACAGUCCGUUAAUCAGCUUUAACACUCUAACAAGUGUUAUUGAAAUAUUUUUAAGCUAUACAGCUUAUGUUUCUCCUCCUCACGUAUAUUAGUGUCUAUUUAAUGACGACCAAAAACAUUUCUAAGAGAUUCUCUUUCUCUAUCAUUAACCUAUGUGUUUUUGUCGAAUACAGAUGACCUCAUACCUAUUUUAUAGUUAUCUCAACGUUUUCAAAGUUCUUUAUCCAGGACAAUAUGGAUAUGAACAUCUUUCAUAAUAAUAAAUACAACUUUCUUUUUUGUAAGUGCACAUAUUACUUUUCUUUAAGAAAUAAACAUGCUUUUCAAAUUUAUUUUUUUGUCUUUUCUCCAAAAUAUAUAUUUACUCUCUAAAUCUCCAUGACUCCAGCUCAACAUCUUGAAUCUACAUUGUCUUCACCACCCAGCAUAUCUCUUGCACCAGCAACUAUAUCAGUGUUUAUAUCAUCAGUUAUUUCAACGCAGACUAUUGAUCUAUACAAAUUUAUGGCUGCAUCUUUAAUCUCUCUUUUUUAGCUUUGUGUGCCGAUCCAACACAUCUUUCUUAUGGUUCAACGACUACAUUUUCUCACCUGAAAACUUUCAUCCUAUGUGAUUUUCUCACCCAUAAAAUAUGCAUUACACCAUAUAUUUUUUUCUCCAAAAGAUAUGUAUUCUCUGGACCAGAAUAUCGCUAUCUAUCUGUUUGUUAUGAUUUUUAUAUUUUUUAAUUUAAUUACAAAAAUGUUGGUCUUCAGAACAAAAAUUUACAGAAAUGUUUUUUGGUUUGGUUAGAAUCGCUCAAAUGUUGAAGUUUAGAAUAUUGUAAUUUUCGUUUUGUAUAUAUAUUUAGUUAAUAUUUGAUAGCGACACAAUUAUAAUAUAUUAACCCAAAUCAUUUACAUUUGAAUUUAGGUUCUCGCUGGAUCGGACAACCCCCCAUUUGAUGUGAACACGACCAAAGCACAUCAAGAUUUUGAGUUUAAUUAAUACAGUAUUGAUUAACUGUAUGAUUAAUUAGGUGAUAAAGUGGAUUUGUAUGCUGCGCACAUGGGUAUGCGUGAAAUAAUGCUUUUAACAAUCUUUUUGUCUCUCCUACGUUUCGAGCUAAAAAGUUAACCUGUGUCUUUUUUAUUUAUUUAAUUUUUCUGUUCAUUGUUCAUUUGCUAUUAAGAAUGUUGCACGAUAUAUUAUAUACGGUUUAUAUAUAAUCCUCCCACUACGAUUUAAUCAGGCCACUGUAUAUAUUUUGAAUGAUAAGAAUAUAUUGAUGAAAGUUAUGAGUCUUAUGAAGAUUAGUUUGGGUCUCUUGGAAUAUUUUGGUUUAACUACUUUUAUUUAUUAUUUACUCCAUUUCAUGAUGAUUUAUGAGUUAGAAAAAAAAUAUUUCAAAAAAUAUACUUUUAAUGAUUUUUAUUAGGUAUUAGUGGUGAAUUGUAAACUUCAAAAAACCAAAAUUAUGUUUAUUAAAUUUUGAUUGAUUAAAAAUUGUGAAAAUGUUAAAUUAUAAAAUAAUUUAUUUAUAAUCAAAAUUUAAGAUAUUUUUCUAAAUAUGCAUGAAAACUUCAAAAUGUAUAUGUCCAGAUAGGAAAAUAUGGUAUAAUUGUUAUGCCCCUGCAAAAAUGUCAUUAUGUAAUCUUUAUUAGUUUUAUUUGAUGUUAAGUUAGAUUGUUUAAAACAUAAUUUACACUUAAAUCUAAAACAAUGUUUUCUGGAAAGGGUAAGACAAUGUUAUUAUGACAUUUAAGCUAACAUGUUAACCUAACAAAAAGGUAAAAAAGAGUACGGAUUAGAGAACUCUAAAAAUGACUAUUUUCCUAAUAUAAUAUUGUGUCUGCGUAUAUAAUUGAUAGCUUAACCAAAGCAAAAUAGCUACACUAAGUCCAUGGAUUUUGUUCUUAUAUUUUGGAAAUGUAUAUUUUAAAACUUUAAACUUAAAAGUAUUCUUUUAAUUUGGUUUUCAAAAUCAUCAAAUAGACAAAGUUUCAGAAAAACAUAAGAAACAAAGCGUGGUCACUAGAAAUAGAAGCGGAUCAAAAUUAUUAAAAAUUAGAGAUUAGUUUUGGAUCAUCAAUUCAUAUAUGGCAUGUUUAUGAUACACUAAUUAUAAUUUUUUUUAGGGAGGAUGGCAGAUAACCCAAGUUCCCAUAUGAUUUAUGAUGUGAUAUGUUCCACCUUAACCAGUAAAAGAGGUAUUAGAUUUUACCAAAAAGAAGAGGUAUUAGAUGUAAACAGUACUAGUUCACUUCUGUGACCCCUCUCUUGCAUAAAUUUUGAACCGGAAUGAUCGAAACAUAUUCUACGUAUUUCAUGAAUUCAACGGAAAAUACCCAUAGAUCAAAAUCUCCACUUGAGCAAAUAAUUUAGCAUAUAAUUUAGCAAUCAUUUAAAGCAUGUACAUCACUAAUAAUAAAACAAAAUGUUCUUAAGUAUGAUAUUUAACAUUUAUUAUUUUAAGUAAUUACAUAGCAUCCUAAAAACACAAUUCUAACAGAAAUAAAAGUGCAAAGUUAAACAAAACAAAAUAUCCCCCAUGCUCAGAACACAAAAAGCGGAUAAUCUUGAUUAGAAUUAACCGUCUUAUCAUUACACAGAGUCUUCACAUUUUUAUCAAGUUUGUUUAAGUCGAUGACGGAAAAAAAAAACAAAAAUAUCAGUUAAAGCAGUAUAUUACACACUACACAAGUUCACAAUCAGUUCCAAAUAUAGAUCAUAUAGAAAGAUAAAAGUAUACAAUCUGUAUAAGACUCCAAAUGUCCUCUUAAAUAAAUAUAUUUCAAGUAAUGUUCAUAACUUUUAGUUUUCUUUUACCCAAACAAAAAAACUUUUAAUUUUCUUAAACCCCAACACUAUUAUCUAAUUUUACUAUGCAUUUUUUAAUAUUCUUUAAAAAAUUACCAUUCAUAGAAAAGAAAAUUCCUUUUUAUUUGUUCUCAUUCCGUUUAUUGUAAAAAAUAUAGAAUAAAUUUGUUCUUCGCUAAAUAUGACAAAAAAAAAUAAUUACAUUUCAUUAUUUCUAUAAAUUAUUUUUUCUGUUUUUUAUAUUUUUUCUAUAUUUUUCCUAUGUUCUCGUGAUAGUUACCGGUUAGACACAAGUAAAUUAAAUAAAAUAAUUUAAUAGCGAUGAAUGAGAGAAGCUUGCAUGGUACUUCUAUUUAUGUUUGAUUUUGGUUACUGUGUAAGAGCUAUAUAUUUUUUAAAUGACAAACUAUGCUUUUAUUAGUUUUUAAUUUUAAUUUUGUGUGUUUAAAUUUUUAUUAUUGAUCAAAUUCAUUCAGAUUUAAAUUUAUUUUCGAUAGAAUCUAAGAUUUAGAAAAUGAUGGAAAGACUUUUUUUAUAAUGGAUGGACUUAAACUUCGACCCAAAAAAAAAAGGAUGGACUUAAACAUGUUCAAUGGUCAUUUCCAGAACACAUCAUAAUUACACCUGUUUAGUGUGAUUUGAGUAAAUAAUUUGUAACAAACUUAUCAUCUAAAAGUUGAUGAAUAAUAUCGUUAAACCAUAAGUAGGGUCAUUACACCGCACCUGAACUGAAGUGUCGUUCGGAGCCACAGAGAAGCGACGUGAAAACAAAAGGCAAACUUUUCAUAACUUAUUUUUUGGAGCAACACUCUUCGAUAACUAAAGAUUCCUUUUAUUAAGUUCAAAAAAAAAAAAAAGAUUCCUUUUAUUAUAGUCAGUCAAAAUAAGUCAACGGUUAAUCAGUUGACCAAAUAUGACGACAAAUGACGUCACCGUCAAGUUUGUCUUCUCCUCCCUCUGUUUAAAUAGAAACCAAACCCACUUCGACUUUCACUCACACACACAACACAACAAAAAACUAAAACCACACCAUGUAUGGACAUAUCAGCAGCUCCAUAGCCUCCGAUGACACGUGUCCAGGUUUCCUAUACUCCGAGAACAUACUGGCUCCUCCUCUGCCGCAUGAUUAUCAUCCUCACUACUUCUUACCUCCGCCGCCUCUUAUGAUGAGCCACCACUCGUUAGCUACGGCCGAGGCAGUUUCAGGGUUUGGUUACUUUGAUUCCACCAUGACCACUGGUGGCGGCGGAUGCAGCAGCUGCGACUCGCCGAGCUCGAUGGGGAGCGGUGGAGAGAGUCUUGUGAUGCAGAGGAGUGUGAGUAGCCAUAAUGGCUUUUUUGGUAAUUUACCGACGACGGCCCACGAUUUCGUUCACGAUCAUGAUGGGCCAGUGAGACGGGCCCUUAGCGCCGGAGAUCUACCCAGGAGUAGCAGGAGAGAGAGCAGUGCGGUGUUGAGUGAGAGCAAUGCAAUAAUAGAAGGAAUGAGUAAAGCAUAUAAGUAUAGUCCUGAGGAGAAGAAAGAGAAGAUCGAAAAAUAUCGUAGCAAACGAAACCUUAGGAAUUUCAACAAGAGGAUUAAGUAUGAAUGCAGGAAGACAUUAGCGGACAGUAGGCCAAGAAUAAGGGGGAGAUUUGCAAGGAAUGAUGAGAUUUCACAACAAGAACAAGUUGAUGUUAUUGAAGCCGUGGUUGGAGAUAUUGACACGUGGGCAUCUUUUCUUGAUUCUUUCUCUGCUAAUCACUUCCUUAAUUAGUCCUUAGAAUUAUAUUUAUGUUUUUCUCUUUCUUAUAUAUGUUUAUAUGGCACUUUCAUUUGUUUUGGCGUGAAAGAUUUCUCCAUGUUGCACUCAUGUAGGUUAUGUGUGUUUUCUUUGUAAAUAAGAAUAAUAAAUUAAAGUAUUAUAUAUU